AAAAGUGAACGUUUCACGAGUCAACAGCAACGUCUUUCGAGAAGUUCUAGGCGCUGUUUUGCGACAUUUUUCUUUCUUUUACCCGUCAUCCAAUGUUUAAUGUGAUGAAAUAACACGUUAAAUAGCGAGUAUUUUUGAUAUUAGUGUUCAUAGUCGUAAUAAAAUAACUACUAGAUUACGAUAUAAGCUAAUAUGGGCGACGAAAGCCACCCGAAAACUCUCUACGUCGGUAAUUUAGACGCGAGUGUGACAGAAGAAUUUCUAUGCGCGUUAUUCGGCCAAAUAGGUGAAGUUAAAGGCUGUAAAAUAAUACGUGAACCAGGUAAUGAUCCGUAUGCUUUCCUUGAGUUUACAAAUCACGCGUCGGCGGCUACGGCCCUGGCCGCCAUGAACAGGCGAGUAUUUCUCGAAAAGGAAAUGAAGGUUAACUGGGCUACGAGUCCUGGUAAUCAGCCUAAAACGGAUACAAGCAAUCACCAUCAUAUAUUCGUUGGUGAUCUAUCACCAGAAAUAGAAACCCAUAUUCUACGUGAAGCUUUUGCUCCGUUUGGCGAGAUUUCGAACUGUCGAAUAGUACGUGACCCACAAACGCUCAAAUCCAAGGGUUAUGCCUUCGUUUCGUUUGUUAAAAAAGCAGAUGCUGAAGCGGCAAUACAGGCUAUGAAUGGACAAUGGUUAGGAUCGCGAUCCAUACGUACUAAUUGGUCAACGCGUAAGCCGCCAACCAAAGGUCCAAACGAAGGAGCACCGAGUAGCAAACGUGUAAAACAACCAACAUUUGAUGAAGUUUACAACCAGAGCUCACCGACGAAUACUACAGUUUACUGCGGCGGUUUCACUAGUAAUGUAAUUACAGAAGAAUUAAUGCAAAGCACAUUUUCACAAUUCGGCCAGAUUCAGGACGUAAGAGUGUUCAGGGAUAAGGGAUAUGCUUUUAUUAGGUUCACAACUAAAGAAGCCGCGGCUCAUGCUAUAGAAGCGACACAUAAUACCGAAAUUAGUGGACACACAGUGAAGUGUUUCUGGGGUAAAGAGAAUGGAGGAACAGAGAAUCAGAGCACGACUAAUCCACCCGCUGCACCUGCAUCAAUGGGUGCACAAACACAAUAUCCCUAUGCAUACCAACAAGGGAUGGGAUACUGGUACACUCAGGGUUAUCCUGCGAUCCAGGGCUACAUGGCGCCAGGGUAUUAUCAGCAGUAUGCAGCCGCCUAUAGUAACCCUCAAGCAGCUGCUGCGGCGGGCUACCGCAUGAGUAUGCCGGGUGGCGCAGUGGGUGCCGUGGGUGCGGGCGGUUCGUGGGGCGGCGCGCCUCAGCCGCUGGUGUAUUCGGUGCCUUCGCAGUACCCCUCGCAGUAGCGCCGCCUCGUGCUGAUGAAAUGUCCCUGGUACCGGCUCGUCCCGGGCGUCCGAUGACUUGCAUGGACACCCUCGUUGAUAGUUUAUAAUGGGCUCGGGCUGGUGUCAGUGAUAUUUCAGUACCGACCGGCGUCGCGCUUCCCUCGACCGUUUUUAUAUGUUUGUAUUACCCCGGCCGAGAGACGCGCGACUCCGCCUCCGCUAGAUAUUAUCGCGCAGCACAAAGAAUGUUAAUUCGGUUGAUUUGUGAGAGUCUUACAUCUUUGUAUAUGUAAUUUACCAGCCUUAUUGACUGCCUUUAGACAAUUAUGGUACAAGAAAUAACUUAUACAGCGAAAUACGUUUGUUACUAUAAAGAAAGUACUGAAUGUAUAGGUGAUACAUACAUUUGUACCCGAGUAUAUUUCGUCCAGUACAGUAUAUCCGGUAUAUUUGACUUGGUAUAGAUUGCCAAAAACCACUAAGAUGUCGGAGGCGGCGAGCGGACCGGGCCUCGCCCGCCGAGCUCGCCGGCCGCCGGCCGAUAGUCGAUCUACACAUAGAUAGGACAUAACGAAAUAAAUUAUAAUUUUUUAAAAAAAGUUAUGAUUAUAUAGGAGGGGAGUAGUGUCGCGAGUGGGCUCGUGAGCCGUGUACAUACGUCGUUGAUAUUUAUUUCGGACUGAGCCUGUGUUCGUUCCGCCGCCCGCCCGCCCGCCCUCCACCAGCGGCGCGCCAGACCGUUGACGUGUUAUAUUAAGUUCGGCACAUGUUGUUUUGUUUGACCUGAAUUGUUAUGAUUUAUUGUAUGGAAACACUGGUGAGUCAAUAAAGCAGUGGGUCUGGGACACCGGGUGUUUGAUUUUGAGUAUAUACUGUAUCGUGUUUAUUUCUGGGUCCAAAAUUGAACGGCAGUUCUGUUCUGUGAUUGAAGGUUGAAUACAGACGGUCGAUGAGAAAUUAUUGUAAAUUCUUAAAUGAGGAAAAUAAAUAGUUUAAGUUAAAUAACACUUUUGAUUUCUGUUGUUUGUUUAUUGAUGUCGCUACCUGUGUCGCUUCCCGGACCAUCUGACUUGGAUGAUUAAUAAACACGAACUGUAAAGGAAAUAUAUUUUGUACAUAGACAA